UCGCCAUGUCCCCGCUGUGCCCCCUGCUGCUGGCUCUGGCCCUGGCGGCCGUCCCCGGCGUCCGAGCGGCCUGCCCGGCGCCCGCGGACCUCAAGAAGCCGGACGGGGGGGCGCCUGGAAAAAAAAAAAAAAAAAAAAAGAAGCCGGACGGGACGCGCGCCUGCGCCAGGCUCUACGACAAGAGCGACCCCUACUACGAGAACUGCUGCGGGGGCGCAGAGCUGUCGCUGGAGCCGGGCGCCGACCUGCCCUUCCUGCCCUCCGACUGGGCGAACGUCGCCUCCUCGCUCGUGGUGGCCCCGCGCUGCGAGAUCACCGUGUGGUCCCAACGCGGCAAGUCCGGCAAAACGCGCAAGUUCUCGUCUGGCACCUACCCGCGCCUCGAAGAGUUCCGCAAGGGCAUCUUCAGCGACUGGUCCAACACCAUCGCGUCGCUCUACUGCAGGUGUUACUGAUGGCUUAGAGAUACUUCCUCUCCAACCCCACAGGGGGCAGAGCCCCUCAACUGGCCUUGUCACUGGGGUCUGCUGAAGGCCCCAAGUCCCAAGAGGAGAGAACUUUCUGCCUACCCCCCCGCCCCACCUUCCCUGCAAUAUAGCCCUUGUGAAGUUA